GUCCCGAUUUCUCGUGAUGAAUGAAUGAAUGUGUGUGAGGAGGAGGCCUGUUUAGCAUAUGGGGCUGUAUAUUGCACUAGUCAUGACAGAACCUACACACACCUGGCACGGAAUAGUGCGGGUGUCCCGACAUUAGUGCGAACCCUCAGCCGCUGACAGAACGUAUUCGCCGCUCACACAGCAGCAGCCGCCCGUGUAACCCCGUCGGUGCCGCCCAGGGGAGGGCCCAGGCCGCCACCGCCGCUGUGUGACAGCACUGUGCCGCGCCCGGCGGCCGGAGGGUUAAAUGACGUCACCGAAUCAUGCCGACGAGCGAUGUGCGCCAUUUUGUAGCCCCAUCCCGGAGCAGCCGAGAGCGGCUCCUGAGAACUGCAGCGCCCGGCCCCUCCUUCCUUCCUCACCGGCAGCAGCCGCCGCCAGCCGAGCUCCACAGCAGGGGGGAGGGCACUGAGCGAGUGUGAAGGGCGAACCCUCCCCGUCCUCCUCCUCCUCAGCGACGCCCGGAGAGGGAGGCCUGGUCCUAGAGGGCAGCAGCCAUGGCAGGAGCGGGCGGAGGGAACGACUUCCAGUGGUGCUUCUCCCAGGUGAAGGGGGCCAUAGACGAGGAUGUGGCGGAAGCGGAUAUAAUUUCAACUGUCGAGUUCAACUUUUCUGGCGACUUGUUAGCUACUGGAGAUAAAGGAGGAAGAGUGGUUAUAUUUCAAAGGGAGCAAGAGAGUAAAAACCGUCCUCAUUCUAGGGGUGAAUACAAUGUUUACAGCACCUUUCAGAGCCAUGAACCGGAAUUUGACUACUUAAAAAGUCUAGAAAUUGAAGAAAAAAUUAACAAAAUUAGGUGGUUGCCGCAGCAAAAUGCCGCCCAUUGCUUACUGUCUACCAAUGACAAAACUAUAAAGUUGUGGAAAAUAAGUGAACGUGAUAAAAGAGCGGAAGGUUACAACUUAAAGGACGAUGACGGGAGACUACGUGACCCUUUUAGAAUCACUUCCUUACGGGUGCCAAUACUGAAACCCAUGGACCUAAUGGUUGAAGCAAGUCCGAGGAGGAUAUUUGCAAAUGCACAUACAUAUCACAUAAACUCUAUUUCAGUAAAUAGUGAUCAUGAAACAUACCUCUCUGCAGAUGAUCUGAGAAUUAAUUUAUGGCAUUUAGAAAUCACAGAUAGAAGUUUUAACAUUGUAGAUAUUAAGCCUGCUAACAUGGAGGAAUUGACGGAAGUUAUCACAGCUGCUGAAUUCCAUCCUCAUCAAUGUAACGUGUUCGUCUACAGCAGUAGCAAAGGGACGAUUAGACUCUGUGACAUGCGGGACUCAGCCCUCUGCGAUAGACAUUCAAAAUUUUUUGAAGAACCGGAGGAUCCCAGCAGCAGGUCGUUUUUCUCUGAAAUCAUCUCUUCAAUAUCCGAUGUCCAGUUCAGUCAUAGUGGUCGCUACAUGAUGACAAGAGAUUACCUGUCUGUCAAAGUGUGGGACCUCAACAUGGAGAAUAGGCCAGUAGAAACAUAUCAGGUCCAUGAAUAUCUUCGAAGUAAACUUUGUUCAUUAUAUGAAAAUGACUGCAUCUUUGACAAGUUUGAAUGCUGCUGGAAUGGAUCGGACAGUGCUAUCAUGACUGGUUCUUACAACAACUUCUUCAGAAUGUUUGACAGAAAUACACGUCGGGAUAUUACCUUGGAAGCGUCUAGGGAGAGCAGCAAGCCUCGUGCCAUUUUAAAGCCAAGAAAAGUCUGUACAGGUGGUAAGCGGAAGAAAGAUGAGAUCAACGUUGACAGCUUAGAUUUCAACAAAAAGAUUCUACACACUGCAUGGCACCCUAAAGAGAAUAUUAUUGCUGUUGCUGCCACCAAUAAUUUGUAUAUAUUUCAGGACAAAGUUAAUUAAAUGACAUUUUUCUUAUUUUUUUUUUUAUUUUUUUCGCCUCCAUUUAUUUUUUCUUUGAGGACAAAGUGUUAUUCUUGCAUAGCUAAACCUAGUUGUUUAUCUGUAAAAGAUCAGACUGUAUUGUCCUUCCAGUAAAGAACAUGGAUACACAUCCCUUUUGUAGAAAUAUAAUGGAAAGCUGGCCUGGAUUUAUUUCACGGCAGCACUCCCUCCGUCUUCAACAAGGCGAAAGGCAGAGUGUGCACAUCCCAAAAUGCAAACCCACUAGAAGCAGAAUUGAUUGAGUGCUCGACAUGUAUUUAAUUUUUAGCCUUAUUUUUUAUUUUAUUUCUUUUUCCAUUUCUUAGACCAAAACAAUUCUUGCAGAGGAAAACAAAAUAUACAAUGAUUUUUUUCGUACAUUUUCUAACGGCUGAACUAUAUAAAUUGGGUCCUUUUUAAAAACAUGCAUCGUGUUUUUGCCUGUAACAUUCCUCCUCUGGCCUCCCUCCCCUCUCUCUCUCUCUCUCUCUCUCUCUCUCUCUCUCUCUCUCUCUCUCUCUCUCUCUCUCUCUCUCUCUCUCUCUCUCUCUCUCUCUGGGCUUACAUAUUUUUUACAUUUGAGCACUUAGAACCUGGUUAAGGUCAGAAAAAAAAUUAUUUUAUUUUUUCCUUCUUCCCUUGUAUAUUUAAUCACUGUAUCAAUAACCACACCUCGUGGAAACCACUUAAUAAAAACAAGAAAGUAUAAAAAAGUGUUUUUAAAUUUGAACUUUAUGUAUUCAGUUUUAUUUUUAUUGCAUGUUCCUUGAUUGUCCCAGGAUGAACUACAUUUUUUUAACAUCCAUGUAGUACAACAUCCUUUUAACGGUUUAUUAACACCAGCAUAUCUCUUAAAUGGAUCUGCUGUGGCCAGAGAACGGGAGAAAUCCAGUAUGCAUCUCCAGACAUUUACAUAAAGAAAAAUAGUGCAUGCACCGUUUUACAGUGCGUCCUGUAAGAAACUGCAUGCACUGUAUAGUGAUGGUUUUUCUGCUCUACUUCGGAGUGAAGAACACACAAGAUCAGAUACAGAAGAAAUUGCCCAUUCCUAAUUUUGUUUUUUCAUAGCGGUUAUUCUGGAGACAGCAUAACUGUUUUUCUUGUAACCGGUGGGCCUCAACAAAUGAGAAUAAAAAUACAGGGAUUUUGCACAGUAUUAUGCUGAAUAGUUCCUACAUGUAAACAAAAAUUGUAAAAGUAUACCUAAUGUGCAUUAUGUUUUUAUUUAUUUUGUCUAGAAUUUUUUUUAUUUACAAUUUUUUUUUUUCAUAUCUUACAUCUAUCAUUCAACCCAAGAUAGAUUUAAUUUGCAAAUGCCAAACUUUUUUUUUUUCCCCUUCUCUAUACUGUACACAAAUUGCCACAAAGAACAAAUAGGUUUAACUAUAAACAGCUACUUGAGUCUUGUCUGUUUCAUAAUGCUAAGUAAUAAAUUGCAUUUAGUAAUUGGAAACAGACCGGUACUGAGUGCAAGAAUUUUGUGUCUCCUCUGUGACUAGAUUUAUUGACCUAUACUGUUUUUUAAUAAAAUCAAGGUCAAUAAUGGUAAUUUUGACAGUAAUAUGCAAGAACAAAAUAUUUACCUCAUUCUUAAUGACAAUAGAGUGCCACUCUUCACAUUAGGUGUAGGUAAAACUAAAAAUCUGACCUAAAAAUAUAUGAAACGGAAAACAAAAAAUCCUAUAUUGUAUAUUGAUUGUGACACUAUUUCCAAAUACCUAACUAGUGGAACUUUUUGGGCCAUUAAAUCUGACCACGUUCAUGAAAUAUCAAACAGACCUAUACAACAGGAUUGUAUAUAUUUGUUCAAUUAUUUUGACCAAAAAGUUUAAUAAAUUUUAAAUGUUUACCUGAA